AGAACUGGGGAUUUUUAUUUAUUUUAUUUGGUCACUUCUUCUCUCCUCCUCUGUUGUCUUUCACUGCGCUAUGGAUCAUUGUUAUUUAUCCACAGUGGAGCAGCAUUUUGGAGUCUGCAGCCUUGCAGGGGGGCAGUUACUGGGGGCAGAAGGGAUCCAGGCACCUGCUAAGCCUUCAUGGCCUUACGUCUGCCUGUGAGUGCUUUUCAUGCUUUUUUCAGUCUUAAAUAGUAGGAGCCAUUUUGUACCCAGGGCUAAUAGAGGGGCCACCUCACUUUUUCAGAGAGGGAAAACAAGAAAUUAUCAAUCUCUUCUCUCUCCAUGGAGCGGAAUAAUAAAUGAACGUGAUGCAUGGCUGUUGCUUUUAACAUUUGGAAAGAGGCAAGAAGAACCACUUCCAAACUAAUGAGCAUCUUCCUGCACUGUCGAUGGAACUUGGGAGCCUUAAGUUGCUCCAGCCAGGCUAAGGUGGUCUGUCCUCUGGUGUGUGCCGUCUCCCCCCACCAUGCAGAAUAAUGAGCCCUCCACACCAUGAGUCCUUUGGGCCAGGUUAGUGUGCAGCCUACCUGGAACGCAGCUCUGCUCGCAGUGAUCUCUCUCAUGGUACCUACUCUCAGUAUGUGCCAGUCCACGGGCCCUGCACUGGGCUCGGCUAACCCACAGAACUGUCCAGGUGUGUGCUCCUGCACUAACCAGCUCAGCAAGGUGGUGUGUACCCGCCGCGGCAUGAUUAGAGUCCCUCCAAACAUCCCAGCCAACACCAGGUACCUGAACCUGAUGGAAAACAGCAUAGAAACAAUCCAGGCGGAUACAUUCAGGCACCUGCAUCACUUGGAGGUACUGCAGCUUGGUAGAAAUGCCAUCAGACAGAUUGAGGUGGGGGCUUUUAAUGGCUUGACCAGUCUCAAUACCCUGGAGCUGUUUGACAACAGACUGACAGUCAUACCCAGUGGAGCUUUUGAGUACCUGUCAAAGUUGAGAGAAUUAUGGCUGAGAAACAAUCCCAUUGAGAGCAUUCCCUCCUAUGCCUUCAACCGUGUCCCCUCCCUCAUGAGACUGGACCUUGGAGAGCUGAGGAAGUUGGAAUAUAUCUCCGAUGGGGCAUUUGAGGGCCUUCAAAACCUCAAGUACCUCAACUUGGGGAUGUGUAACCUUCGGGAGUUUCCUAAUCUUUCACCACUGGUGGGAUUGGAAGAACUGGAAAUAUCAGAGAAUGUUUUCCCUGAACUGAAGCCUGGAGCCUUUCGUGGGCUUAAGAAUUUACGCAAACUAUGGAUUAUGAACUCUUUAAUCACUACCAUUGAAAGGAAUGCAUUUGAUGACAUCACAGCCUUGGUGGAGCUGAACUUAGCUCACAAUAACCUAUCAUCCCUUCCACAUAAUCUCUUCACUCCUCUACAGUACCUGGUGGAGCUACACCUGCACCACAACCCUUGGCGAUGUGACUGUGAUGUAGUGUGGCUUUCCUGGUGGCUCAGAGAAUACAUUCCCACAAAUUCCAGCUGCUGUGGACGCUGCCACACCCCGAUCCACAUGAGAGGUCGAUAUCUGGUAGAGGUUGAUCAGACCACCUUUCAGUGUUCAGCACCAUUUAUACUUGAUGCUCCAAGAGAUCUAAACAUCUCAGCAGCGAGGGUUGCAGAACUGAAGUGUCGCACUGCUGCCAUGAGUUCAGUCCGAUGGCUUCUCCCCAAUGGCACGGUAUUGACCCAUGGCUCGGCUCAUCCCCGGAUAUCUGUUCUCAAUGAUGGGACUCUCAACUUUUCCAAUGUUCUCCCCUCAGACACAGGUGUUUAUACUUGCAUGGUGAGCAACAUGGCAGGAAAUUCCAAUGCCUCAGCCUACCUAAAUGUCAGCAAUGCAGAACUUAACACAUCCAAUCUGUCAUAUUUCACCACUGUAACAGUGGAAGUUUUGGAGCCCACUGUGGAAGAGACCCCAAAACCCAAACCUACUAUUCCUGCUUCCCCCUCUGUCUUUCAGCCUGUUUUCAUCUCCACACCUACUGUGCUCUUCCAGAGCACUCAGACUCCAAGGCAAGUGUCAAUCCCCACUGCCAGAAUCCCUAGUGGGCCAGCCGCCAGCCUGGAUGAGGUGAUGAAAACCACCAAAAUCAUCAUUGGCUGUUUUGUUGCUGUUACCUUGCUAGCAGCUGCCAUGUUAAUUGCAUUCUAUAAGUUACGGAAGCGGCAUCAACAGAGGAGCACGGUGGCAGCAGCCAGGACCAUAGAAAUCAUACAAAUGGAGGAAGAAGUUCCUCCUGUUCCACCGCCCACCUCUGGAUCUAGUGGCUCUGAUGACACAGGGCUGGUACUGCCGACAUUAGUGGAACACAACAGCAACACCUUUAAGCCUGGGUACGUGUCCUCUUCAGCCCGCCAAGGGGGCUAUGGAGCCCACUGGACCCAGAACAACUCUCUUCAUCGCUCCGUCAGACAGCAUCACAGCCACAUCAGCACCAUUACUGAUCCCUAUGCCAUUAAGACUACUCAUGGCAAAGAGAAGGUUCAAGAGACCCAAAUCUGAGUAAUGCUCCCUUAAUGGAUCUAUCUCUGACUCUCCCCCGACCUCUCCUCUUCACUUAUCUGCUCACCACUCCAUGCAAUAGAAUGCACAAAGAACAAACGGUAACUUUCUUUUGUACAGAUGUGCUAAACAGAGACAGUUUUUCGUUUCUUGUACAUGCCUAUACAUAAGUAUAUAAAUAUGAAAAAAUACAAAUAUAUAUAAAUGAAAAUCCCGCCAGGCAGUGGUGAGACAUGCAGAUUAUAUAAGAAAAGAAAGUAAAUUGAAACUAUUUUCUAAUAACUGGUGACUUCUAUUUAAAAUAGACAAAGGUAUUGAAUUGUUUUUGUGAUUGAGGACAUAAGAAGGUACUAUCUACUCUUGGAGAAGAGGUGUUUAGUUUGUUUUUUGAGAAUAUUUAGGAUGCAGUUAAAAACUCUUUAUACAGGAACCAGUUUCUAAGUACAGCCCCAAAUGUAAGCUCCAGGUUUUACUGUGCCAAAUAUUAUAUGCAAUAAAAUGGUAUUGCCAGACUAAGGAACACAAAAAGACACACAAGCAAAAUCUAGAUAGAUAGAUAGAAACAUUUGUCCAAGGAUAGCAGCGUAAUGGCACAGAUAGAAUGUGCUGUUCAGUAGCUAUCAGCCAAAUGCUUUUGGACUGCAGUGAAUUUCUGCAGCUAAGGUUUAACCCUCUGUUUGCCAGAGCUAAGCUGCGUUUAUUUGACAGUGCCAGUGCUUCUUAGUUUUAGCGUAUCUAAACAUGUUUAGUUAGUGUGCACAUGAUUCCCACUUGUUUAACUGGCAAAUAUAAAGUGCAGGUCAAUAACAGUUGUUGCAAGUACUUUGUUCUGUUAUUGGUUGCAUUUUGUAUUAUUUUCCCCCCCCUUAGGUUUUACAUGCUUCUUAAUGGCUUGUGUAGUGUUUAGGGCUAAUUUAUAAAUGCAUUACAGCAGUUGCCUGACUUGUCUCUGCAAGGGCUCAUUCCGAUGCUAAUUUUUUCAAAGGAACAGACAUGUGGUGCAGUGAUACAGGUCUUUGCUGACCAUUCGGCUUUUGGAGAAAAAAAAAAAAAAGAAGACGACUGAAGUGAAACAAAAUGAAUGUCUGAUACUGGGGCUUUUCCAUGGAUUACAUUGAAACAUGACUUUGUUUUUCUUUUAACAGUUUAUUUUGAGCAACACUAUUUUUAUGGAGAGACUAAGGAGGCUAUGAAAAAUAAAAACCUUUGGUUUGUA